AUGGAUUGUGAUAGUGAGGAAAAAUCGCAUCUACUAUCCUUACCGGAUUGUUUGAUGAUGAUUUUGCUGUCUUAUUUGGAUUCUACUUCGUUGUAUCAAAUGAGCAGAACAAACUUAUACUUUAAGAACAUAAUAUCCGAUUUAUCAUUGUGGAGAUAUAUUGAUGCAAGAAAAGAACCAAAUACCACAGAAAAAGUUGCCUAUUGCGCCGAUAGAGUCCACGAAAAAACCUGCACUGCCCUUUUUAGAGCGCACAGCAAAAAAAUUGGUGUUGUACAGAGGGCCUUUUUUUCGAACAUCACCAAGUUUGAUAAUAUGAAGAUUCUAGCCUUGGAGAAUCAAUUUAUUGAUGGCAGAUAUGUAAAAUACUCGCAUUUUCCUAGAAAUUUGGAGGAGUUGAGUUUAAGAGAGAGUUACAUCAAAAUGAACAGGAACUUUUUUAAGGGGUCUUGCGAAAGAUUUACAAAAUUAAGGGUUUUGAUUUUGGAUGGCUGCCACUGGACUGAUUGCGGUUUUUUGAUGUCCAUCGCAAAAUACGAAAGUUUGGAAAUAAUUUCUCUAGUGGGGUGUAAAAGUUUGGAUAGUGACUCCAUUGCUUAUUUUGGUUUGGCCAGAUUUGGUUAUCAGAAAUUAAAGAUAUUUGACUGCAGAUUUACAGGAUACGCGCAAUCGAUCCUGAAGUCCUUCGUGAACAACCAGUCGAUCCUGGCCUACUACUUCCAGCACGAUCGCUCGUACAAGCUCGACUACGGCGACUACUUGAUGGACAGGAGGGAGCGCGACGGGCGCAAGCGCGGCUCGGACUCGCACGGCUGCAUGCAGAUGUGCUACUCGUGCUCCGAGGUGGACGACCACACGUUCAUACAGUUCAUCAACGUGGUGGGCGUGUCGGCGGUCUCGGGGUUUCCCCGCAGCGCGCUCUACAAGGACCCGUACGGGCCGUGCACCUGCGGGUACAAGGAGAGGGCCCUGGCCGAGCGGGACGUCCCAGUGCAAGAAGAGACCGCUCCAGAGCUAGACGAUAGCAGCAAAUGCAAACGUCGCAGAAUAGAUCUCCCAGAUUUUUUGACUCCAUCAGAAUACGAUGACGAAAGUAGCGAUGAUGACGCACAGUGGGUACCAUUGGAUGGGUCCAGUGGUUCAGAUGGCAAAAGACCAUCAGGAUCAAGAAAACGAAAAGGAUCAAAAUUUAGGAAAUUAAAUCAUAUUAGAACUCACAUUGUAAUCGACCUUUCCAAUCACAACAACAACGUUGCCAGCAUACCAGAAGACAUCCCGUCGUUUCCGAGCCUUGUGAAUUCGACACCGAAGACGACGUCGGAAUCGUCGCAGUCCAGCGACGACGACGACGGCGGCGGCGGCGGCGCCGGUCCCGCGAAGAAGCGAAAGCGCGACGGCGGCAGCAACGAGGCGACGCCGCGACGCUCGCCUCGCGUCUCGUCGUCCGGCAUGGCGCCGCCGCCGCGCGGCGACACCGACGAGGAGAUCGAGAACGAGCUGACGCCCGAAAAGUCCGCCGCCGGGGGCGGGGGCCGCGACGACGUCAGCCCGGCGCCGUCGCCCGAGCCGCCGCAAGGUCCUUCCAACGCCAGAAAUGAGCUUCCUGUAGCCGAACAAGUACUCAGAAGACUAAUGAACAUCGACAGACUGAACGACCCAUUCAGGGUGCAAAUUAUCUCGAUGGAAAACAACCAGGGUCGACGGGAAGAGCAGGACAUAUACCUACAACACCUUCAAAUGGAGGCAGUCCCUGAGAAAAAAAUACCUCUGAAACGCCUAUCUCUACGAGGUUAUUUGAAAAUAACCGAUAAAAUAUUAACCUGCAUUAAAGACUUGAGUCUGGACUUACUGGACUUAACGUACACUCAAUGUACAGUCGAGGGGAUAAACAACUUUUUGAGUUACAACCCGAAUUGUAGAAUUGUACAUAACAAGUUUUGUACUUGUAAACCCAGUUUACCUUUUUGA